GUCCUCGUGUGACGUCACGAAAAGGGCUGCGUCGCGCGCGCGGGCGGGCGCGCGGGGAGCGCUCGCGCGUUCGGCGCGGCGCUGAGUGUCGCAGUCGGAGCAGAACGCGUCGUGGAGAAGAGAAGUGGCGUUGCCCUGAACGCGGUCCGUUUCGGUCGGCGGCGGAGCGCCCGGAGGAUUACCAACCACGUGUCGGCGGCGACGAGGAGAUGCUGCCGGCUUGUGCGCUGCGGCUCGCGUUGCUCGUGCUUGUGGUCGGCGCUGCCAGCGGCGCGCGGCGCCGUGGAGGCGGCGGCGGCAAACCGACCAUCGUCGAGGAGGCGGCGCGCAGGAAACUCAACAGACAGACACAUUGCCAGUUCGGGAACCUCACCUACGAGCUGGAAGAAAGAUGGCGGCCGGACCUGGGUCCUCCGUUCGGCGUGCUCUACUGCGUGCGCUGUGAGUGCACUCCGGUACACCGGAAGAAGCGAGUGGUGGCUCGGGUGCGAUGCGAGAACAUCAAAAACGACUGUCCCAAGCCCACGUGCGAGGACCCCGUGCUCCUUCCCGAACGUUGCUGCAAGACCUGUCCUGGAGAAGAUUACGCCGAUCUCGAGGAGGGUCUGGCGCUUCGGAAACUGGAGCUUGACGACGAGGACCGAAAUUCUAAAGAGUUCUCGGCUUUGCUGACUGGCCGCGGCGUGUACCCCGCGGUCCGCACAACGGUUGUGGCGUCGGGUUACCUUACGUACAUCAAGAAAGACCUCCACAUCGGCAUCUACCACAACAGCCCGACGCCUGUGAUCAGUAUCAUCAUCACCAACGAUGAGGGUUACAUCGUGCAGGAGCACGAAGUGGCCAACAAGAACACUCUGUCCACGGACAACAGCACUCAGGUGUGUGCCGUGUGGACCAAGGUGCCCAAGGUGUACCGGCGACUGCUGCAGAAGGAGCGGCUGCACAUCGCCCUCGUCACGACGGGACACCCGAACGGCAUCGUGGCGGGGCUCAUCACGCAGUCCACGAGGCUCGAACCCGAGGUGUUCAGUUCCCUGAUGGUUCCCGAGCCCGGCGUCAAGGAGACCCAGGGUGCGGGGGGUGUCGCCGCCAUUUCGCCGUCAAGAAACGACAUCCACGUCACCGCCAUGUUCAACGGCAUCUUCUCGCUCACCGACGCAAGAGACGUGGUGGUGAAGUUGAGCCUCCUGUCCGGAAAACCCGGGGAGACGGUGGUGGUGGCCAGCUCAGAGAUCACCCUGCCCAAGAUACACGUGUCCCUGAACGUGGCCAGCGUAAAGCUGUCCCUUCCGCCGGAGCACCAGCAGUCCCUGGUUGCCGGAAAACUGAGCAUGCGCGUGACGUCACCAGAUGGCAAGCGACACAUCGAGGGACCCGUCAUCGUGAGGCCUACAUGCAACAUUUUCCAGGCCGUGUUGACGGCAGAGACGUCCAACUCGGGUUUCGCGGUGCUGAAUGUCAACCACGACGGCUCAAUCUCGUAUCAGGCUUACGCGUCGGGAUUGACCAGCGCCCCGAUGGUGGUAGUCCUCGAAACGGACAGCCCCGCGGACAACGAAGUCCGGACAAUGGCGGCGUCGUACAACCCUCCUUUUGCCUACCACUGGACGAACGGCACGUUCAGCCGGGGCACGAGCCAGGUGCUGGAGAUGCUGCUGACGGACGACCUGACAUUCAAGGUGCUCUCGGAGGGACAGAGCGAGCUCAGGGGCAGGGUCAAGCAGCGGCUCUACUCGGACGCCUUCCUCAGUGAAACGCCCGUGCUGCUGAUGUCCGAGGGCAACAGCUCGGCGGCCGGGCAGGCCUGGAUCUCGGUGGACAAGUCGUGCCGCCUGCAUUACUCCGUGUUCGUGUCCGGCCUCGAGCCCACUGACAGGCACCUGCUCGAGCUGCUCGAGAUCUCACCGGUCAUGCACGUCAUGCCCAGCGCCCGCAGCGUCCAGAGGGUCCUCCAGAAGAUCAGCGGAGACGAGCUGGAAGAUACCCUGGAGGAGCCCAGUCCUGCGACGCUGUACAGACUGAGUGGCGGCUCUUCUUACCUCCUGGUCACCUCCAAGUCUGGCAAGUCCAAGCAAGUCGAGCUCAGGGGCCAUAUUCGAGACAUCCAGAUUCCCGAUAAUUGCCUCCCAGACCUGGAGAAGAGUGUGGGCACCGUGCGUGGCUUUGCAAGUGACUUCUCGGGUGGCGAGAACAACGAGAUCUACCGUAUUGAGUCGAACCACAAGUGCUACUACGAUGGGGAGGUCUUUGACGACGGUGCUCAGUGGACUGCUCGUCACGAGGAGUGUGUCAUGUGCUCUUGCCAGAGGGGCCGCCUGGUCUGUGACCCCGUUGUCUGUCCGGUGGUCCAGUGCGCCAACCCAGUCACCCUCCCAGGGGAAUGUUGCCCCACAUGCCAAGAUGAGACUGGAGGCCUGAAUGCAUCCUAUGCCCCUAGUGGUGAAGCCCGCUCGCCACACGGCUGUUUCCUUGAAGGAGACAAGAAGUUUCAUAUGGCGGGAUCCAAGUGGCACCCUUACAUCCCACCUUUUGGCUUCAGUCGCUGCGCUGUUUGCACUUGCCAACCCAUCACCCUGACAGUCGAGUGCCGCAGGAUUACCUGCCCUCCACUCAGCUGCUCAGAAAAAGAUGCCUACCGGGAAAACGCCCUUUCCUGCUGCAAGAAAUGUCCCAAUGUCAUCCCAGUCAAGUCGCAGGACAGUAAUGUGGACACACAGCAGCUCAAAGACCAGGGAUCGAAAAAGACGCCCAAGGAGAUUCUCUCCAGUGGAGGCUGUCAGUUUCAGAUGAAAGUGUUUCCCAAUGGGGAGGAAUGGCAUCCAACGGUGCAGCCCUUUGGGGAGAUGAAGUGCAUCCGCUGCCACUGCAAGGACGGCAAGUCACGGUGUCGAAGACAGCGGUGUGCCAAGCUGUCAUGCCCCAUUAAGAUCCAGAAGGAGGACGAGUGUUGUCCACGCUGUGCGGACAAUGGCGAAAGCCACGCAGGAGACCGCCCCCCUCGACGGGCGGGCCGGAAGCGCAAGACUCGAGCCGGCAUGUCGAGGAACUGAGUGACUUCGUCCUGUGGAAAGAUCAACAUCAAAAACAAAAACAAUCGCGCGGUUGGACCUGGAGCUUUACAUUCCACCGACCUUCGUUCGAAUCGACACUUCCGGACCGCGGGGCGAACGUCAGAACGGCGAGCGACGAGGAGCCAGGAGUCGGCGCCGUCUUCAGCAGGAGCGCCGACUUUCCUGCAAAAGCUACCAGAACUAUCAAACAUGUACCGCUGCUGUGUCACACCUGUGCAGUGAAGCUACACCGCUAUCCCCCUUCGGAGCCCGCAGGGAGAAUACUCAUCUCAGCAGCAACCGCCACUGCGAAGCCAAAGCUCUCCUUCUCCAAACGUGACAGACGGGCAAAGAAUGAACGACUCUGGGAUGUUUUGCUUGCCGCGUCGGGUUGGCGCUGGGUCCCCUGGCCUGUGUUGAUGGGGAAGGGGGAGGGAGGUUGUGGACGCUAGACUCUGUGAGCAUUACUUUGCUGCUCUUUGCUUUGCAGCCCGACACUACUUCGUGUUUGUUGCAAAUGACUGCCCGGUCUUAGACGCAGGUUAUAGGUGUUUUUUUUUGGUUCCCCACCUUUCGUUUUCAGAGGUGUGUUUCUUGUUUUUUGUUUGCCAUGUCGCCGAAGAGCUGCAAAAAACAAAGGCAGCCAUCUUGGAUCCUGGUUGAAAGAAACUGCCAUGCAGCAGUUGUUUCCCUAACCUUUUGGGUUCCUGACUAACGGUGGGUAAAGGAUGCCAUUCUCGGUGGCACUAGAGAUUGUCAAACUCGUAGGUCUACAGCUGAUGCAUGCAAACAGCAGUCUGAGGUGUCCGACUGAGUUUAGAAAAUAGUAUAUUACCCAGUCGUUUUUUGUCAAGAUGUAUGAAGAAUAUGCAAGAUCAUUCGAGGGUAGCUCUUUUUUUAACAGAUAUCUCUUAUUUUAAAUUUAAAAGCAGCACCAAAAUAAGUCGGUACUAAACUUGAAUGCUGCAUUGAACAAAAUGCUUGGGGUUGUAAGCUAGUGUCACAAAUUUCACGGGUUUUAUGUAUCAUAGCUACUUCCAAGAUUACAAAAGUUGUGUUUGUGCCAAAACUUUCACAGAAAAGUUGAAUAAAUGUAAAACACAAAAAUAUGCUCUAUGAGAUAGUUCUAAAAAGUAUUAUCACUUGUUGAACAACUACUAGCUUUAUUGCUUCUUUCUUCAUUUUCGGCUUGCAUUAGCUGGACUUGGUGUUAAGGCCUAAGUCUUAAUCCCUGGUUAAUCCCUUUUCCUAUUUUAUCUUUUUUCACCCUAAUGUAUUUUUGUGUUGGUUGUGAAUGCAGACAGUUUUACGCAUUACAAACAUAUGCAAGGAAAAACAUGUGGGUAUCACCAUGUUUUCUGUCCGGUGAAUGAAAACAAAAUAUAACUCGUUUAGAAAAACCUAUGAGCCCUCUGUUAGCUAUAAUAAUACUAUACAUUUCUAGUUCCUCAUCUUGCCGUAACGAACAAAAAUAGCUACUCAAGGAAAGUUGGCCCUUUCAUCGAAAAAUAGUGGGUAUGUUGUUGAGAGUAUGCACUUGCACCAUAUUUCUACCCACUCUGAAUGAAGUGCCAUUCUUAUAGCAAACUUGUAUAAACAAUAAGACACCGUAGACAAUGCAUCACUUCAUGAACAAGUUGUAUUGGAGUUUGCGUGACAGCACCAUGUAUGAUUACACAGACGUGCUCUGAAGAAUUGCUCUUGCAAUAUCUAUCCAGUAGCCAAUAACAGGAAAAUAUAUAAAACAAAAAGUGUUUUUGAACCCAGGCAUAAAUAGUUGACACUGUACAUAUACGCCGAUUGCUUUGUCGGUCACAACGCUGCAUGGUAGGUUCUGCCAUUGAAAUGAGCUAUAAAACUGAGUUUUGCUGCUCGUAGAAGGGUCGUAAAACAUUUUUUUUUUGCAGCUCCAACUCUUGCGUGUUUGUGACGCAGGCCAGUUGUCCAGCGGUACUUAAAGAAGGAUAAUUCUUGCCGAAGUUAUGCCUAAUAGUUGAUUUGCAGAGCCUCGAAUUUCGCUUUAUGUGCCCGGAAAUCUUUCCCCAAUAAUUACAGGUUAAAGGGUAGAAAUCAUUGCCUGAAAUUGUAUUAUUCGAUUAUCUUUGAGAAAUGUUUUUUUCUGACCUAGCAGAAUUCAUGGCACAGGUCCUCCCUUUGGUGCAUGAAAGGUACGAUAUACAAAAUGUUACGUUUAAUAUUUUAAUCCUUUCACCACAAAAAUGGCGCACACAUAAAAAAAAUAUCAGGUUUCAAGAUUUAGUAAUUGUUUUUUGGUGCGACUUGGGCGGCUACACUGAAAUAAUGUAAACUUUGUAAGCAUGAACAAUACACGGACGUUCCCUGCUGCGGCUAAAGCGAUUUUUCCGUGGUAGCGCUUGCUUUUUUGUUUGUUUUUGUUUUAUUCGAGCACGUCAUCCACGCCCUUCUUUUCCUGUCUCCUUUCAUUGAUUCAAAACUUCAGGGUCAGAAAUAACAUUCAUGAUAAAGCUUUGUUAGUCGAUCGCCUGCUGCCCUGUUCUCUCGUUAUCUUACUUUCCUUUAGCCUUCAAAAGGACUAAAGUUAUUUUAAGGCGCCAUUUUAUCUAGUUGGCAGCUACGAGUAAGAGGUAUUUCGUCGUACGAGUGCACAUUUCGAGGCGUACCAUCACACAGAUAUUGCCAAGAGGAUGCAUAUUCGCAGCUAAUGGGCCUCCAGGUCACUCUAUGGCGUGAUCUGUUUGAAUGGGCAGUCGAUUGAAUAGCCUGCAUGAAUUAGUUCACUGAUUUAGAGCCCUACAUGUUUUUCCCACAAACAGGUGAUUAAGCGGCUCAUGGUUAGUUUAAUUAUCUUAGCUCAUAUGCACACUCGCGUGGUUUGAAGUUUAAAACAUCGAACACCCGUCGCGUUCUGGCUAUAUGAGCUACAGCACCGUGUUAUGCCUAACUAGUGGUGAAGCAACCAUUUGAUGCUCUUGUCUGCGCUUUACCCUGUUUCCGCAAACAAAAUAAUUUUAAGAAAAGCCCGACCGAUUGGCUUUCAUUUCCAGCCACACUUUUGGUCGAAAUAAAUGCCAGAGAAAGAUGCACCCAUAACCUAGUUUUUCUUUUCCUCAUUUACUAGGGAGUUUUAGAUCGUUCUUAUCAUUCUAAUACGAUACCUGAUACUCCGCCAACGCCUUAGCGCAUGCAUCGUUUACUCAUCGGGUAUUGUUAUCGAAGGUAUCGAAACGAUCUAUUAAGACUUUCUGUCUUGGAGCUCUAAGAUGAUGAAGGGUAAAAGAGCCAAGAAGUUAUUUGUGUGUAACUUUAACUUUAGUCGAACGUUAGUUCCCAGACCGAAAGUUCUGACCCAUCUAAGUAAGUAUGCCGAAUUUAAGAAAUCCAAAAUGUUCCGUCAAGGGAUCGAAUGGUUGUGUGCUACCCAGUCGACCGCACAUUAAAAUGAAUCUCACUUUAGGGUGUCGGGGCGCCACUCCAUCUUCCCAGUCGCCGUUGGACGCGGGGCUUCUUGUGUUUGCGAUAUGCUUGUGUAAUUUAUAUGAAGAGUAUUUUUCGUCGCAGUGUCGACGCGCGUGAACGAUGAUUGUGCGGCGCCAAUGUACGUGUAUUUUCUAGAGGACAAUUUUCGCCGUGACGAUCCAUGUCGGUCACCGUCGGAGCCACCUGCAGCGAACAGGGACGUGUGAUACAGACGCCGCGGCGCGGAGGGACGCAGAGAGCAUUAUGAAUGGUGACACUAAGAACAAUAAAAGUUCUCGGGGAAUGCCUUGCACCCCGCCCCCUGUUA